AUGGAAGUUGUGACGCAACCUGGGGGCUGUGUCGCCUGCGAGGAGAGUUCAGUGCAGACAGCGGUCCAGCUGGAGGAAUAUGACUAUCAAAUACUGGACAAGAGUAGCAAACGAAAUGAAGAAGUCGCCGACACGCUCUCACGACUGAGAGAGGUCAGGUCGGCUGGUGCGCAACUGGAAGGUAACAGUAGUCUAGGACAAGACAUGGCAGAAACGGAAGCCGUGGUGCGGGUCAAGGACCAGGCGAUGACAGCAGGGCUGUUGGUGCACCCGAGCAGGCGACAGGCGCAGCCGACAAGGGCACAGGACACAAAGCAGCUGAUCGAGCAGCCGGCAACGGCGCGCCGCCACUUCCCCGGGCCCGGUGUAACACGGCGGCAGUCACGAGCAGCGUCCGAAUGCAGCGUCCGGCCCGGCGCUGUGGGCGACGCGUGCCGCCGACGCCGUAUAAGGCGAGGGCGGAGCGCACUAGCGGCGCCCACGGCCCGCUCGCCUACAACAGGUGUUCUCCUACGCCGCCCGGCCGCGUCUGCUGUUAUUACAGACAGGGGCCGCGACGCAGCCCGGACACCUGUUCCUGUCGCGGCAGAUGUGCCGGAAGGAGGAAACACUUUCAACGGCACCGGGUCCCCGGCAGGGCCACUGAUCGAAGUGCUAGGUUUUCAGGUGCCAGCCAGCCAGCCAGCCAGCCAGACAGCCGAGCAGCAGCGGUCCAGCCGAGCAGCAGCGGUCCAGCCGAGCAGCAGCAGUCCAGCCGAGCAGCAGCAGUCCAGCCGAGCAGCAGCAGUCCAGCCGAGCAGCAGCAGUCCAGCCGAGCAGCAGCAGUCCAGCCGAGCAGCAGCAGUCCAGCCGAGCAGCAGCGGUCCAGCCGAGCAGCAGAAGUCCAGCCGAGCAGCAGCAGUCCAGCCGAGCAGCAGCAGUCCAGCCGAGCAGCAGCAGUCCAGCCGAGCAGCAGCGGUCCAGCUGAGCAGCAGCGGUUCAGCAGCAGCAGCAGCAGCGGUCCCGGCCAGCAGCAGCGGUCCAGCUGGCAGCAGCCCGCCAGCCCUCCAGCAGCAGCGGUCCAACCAGCCAGCCCUCCAGCAGCAGCAGUCCAGCCAGCCAGCCCUCCAGCAGCAGCAGCAGCAGUAG